AUGAAAAUAGGUGGGGAAGAUGAUGGUAUGGGUGAUGUAGGUGAGCUACAAGCUAAGGACGUGGUGAGGGUUAGUAAAGUUGAGGAAGUGGUGAGGGUUAAUGAAGGUAAGGAACUAGGCAGGGUUAAUGAAGUUGUUAGGCAUGUGUAUAGUAGAGGUCAACCAAGCAAGAGGAAAAAACCUGAGAGAAUUCUUAAACUUAAACUUGCUAAAGGGUUAAAGGUGAAGGUAGUAGUGCUGGAUCGCCAAUGGACUUGGAUUAAUUAA